AUGAAGUGUUAUAAUGGAAUGAGAAACUUUGAAUAAUAUAAAUUGAUAAUUAUGGAAAAUAUGUUUGGUAAAAAAGAGAUGAUUGAUACAGAAAUUGAUUUCCUAAUACAUGAUAGAUAUUUAUCGAUGAUUUAUUAUGCGAGAUAGUUAGUUCAUACGUUGGAGGAGAAUUUGGCAAGUUUUUUGAUUCAAUAAAUAUGA